GUCUACUUUCACAUUAACACUUAUAUUUUCAACCUGAACUACAUCGCUUUCCACAUUCAAAUACAUUAAUAUCCCAGUGAAGAUCCCGAAAGAAAAUGCAGAACGGACCAAAUGAUAAAUACCCCGAAAAGUUCAAUUUCAAUGAGGAGGUCCUUCGCGUGAAGAUCCAGUUCGGUCUGAUGCUCUUCGCCGAUAUGGAGGAAGCCAUUUUUAAUGAGAGUGAGCCCGAGGAUACCAACGAUGAGGAAACAAGUCCCAUGGAGGUCAGCAGUGAGGACAGCGAUAGACAUAUCUAAAUUCACUACCAUGGACGUCACUCUCAAAAUUUCGCCGGCUAUCAUUAUCAUCCAAUAAAGUUCUGUGGCAUAUUGUGUCCUGUCGUCAUCCGUCAUGAUCUGUUUUCGGGAUCGCUUAUUGUCCCUUAGCUCAUCGCUCACUUGUGCUCUAAGCGGAUUAGGUUUCACCCAGAAACGUGUUCGGGACAAAGGACUCCAUGGGGGAAGCGGAAAAAAAAGAAUAAAACAAAAAGAAGUUCGAUCCAGAAAUGCACUUGCUACAUGGUUAUUGCAUCAUCGCCUUAUUGCCCUAAUGCGAUUAGCAUUCAUUUUUAAUCGUGCCUCAUUGGAAUUGGGUUUUUCGUCUAAGUCUUUCGAUAGACUGCCUGCAUUUCCGCUCUUUAAGUCCUCUGCACUGGGAAAAAUCAUAUAUGCUAGGGGAGAUCUAUAAUUUUAAAACGGAAACCUGGCUGCUCAUUACGCAAUUUUUCGGGAGGGUGUUCCCCUGUGAAGUGGUCCAUUGUCAGUGCCCUAGACCAGAAAAGCAAACUGUCUCGAGAGCGAGUGACUUGAGACUGACGAAAUUGUGGCGAAAGUACAAGUACAGUCACCACCGUUUGGACAACCCCCCUCCUCAAUGCCAACCCCUCGAGGAACAAAGGGAGUUGAAUGCUUCACCAUGGAGUGGGUCAACGUGGAGCGUGCUCAGGCUGUGAAAUUGCAAACCAGAACAACACUUUCGUCGAUAAUCACGAGGGUCAUUCGAUGGGUCAAGUGUCGCCGCAGCGCGUGGCAACCCCUUCGAAAAAGGGGGAGAAUGGAGAACCCAUGGGGAAAAUCUGAAGAACUUAACCAAGGCCAGAUAGGGAAAAUUUGUGAUCGUUAUAGAUGCAAAUCAACGACGAGGCAGGCGGGCACUCGAUGUUAUUUAAAUUCAUAAAUGUAUGUCAUUUUACCUUAAGGGUUUUUUCAGCUGCUUUGAUUGUUACUUUAAAAUAUUUUAAG